GUGAGAGCCAGUGUGCACAGUAGCAACAGAAGAGCUGCACCUGUUCCUCUUCUCUCUCUCUCUCUCUCUUUCUCUCGCUCUCUGUUUCUCGCUGUCUCUCACUCCCCCUUUCAUUUGGGGAGGGGGUCGCCCAAGGAAUGGAUCCCAAGGAAUGUGAAGGGAAUGACAGAGAGAAUGAAAAAGAGGAGAAGAAAGAGAAGGACAGGAGGAUUAAGAGAAGGCCCUUUCUCAGGUACCUGGAGAGAAGGAGGACGGACACCAUCGUGGAGGAUGAGUCGAGUAAAGGAGACGUCAACAUCAACACGCUGGUGCGCAGGAGUCAGUCCGAUAAGACCGAGUACAGCGCCAGACUCAAAGGAAAACUGGCACCCCAUGACCUCCCGUCCCCCUUACUGGAGCCUGAGGAGAUCCGUCACAGGAAGAUGGUGAAAAGGUCAAAGGUCAUAGAGGAGCUGGUACGGACUGAGGAGGAUUACCUGAGAGACCUGGACCUGUGCAUCAGAGAAGUGCUGAUACCUCUGCGCAACACACAGGUGGUGGAUGUGGACCGUCUCUUCACCAACAUGGAGUCUGUGAGCGCUGUAUCAGCAGAACUGCUACACAGACUGCAGGAGGCCACAUCAGAACCUGAUCCAGAAACACAGCACAUAGGGGAGGUGUUUAUCCAGGCGAAGUGUGCGCUGGAGGAUGUGUAUAAGAUUUACUGUUACCACCACGACGAGGCCAGUGCACUGUUAAAGUGCUACGACACACAGGAGGACGCACAGCAGCACUUUAGGACCUGUGUAUCUGCACUCAAGCAGAUUUACAGCCAAGAAGGGAAAUCCAACCUCCUGGAUAUGGGCUCUUUACUCAUUAAACCUGUACAGCGUGUGAUGAAAUAUCCACUCCUAUUGUCUGAACUUCAGCAGGCCACACCUAUCGAUCACCCUGACAACCAGCCGCUACAGGAAGCGCUAACCACAGUGAAAAUCAUCAAUGCCAACAUCAACGAGUUCAAGAGGAGGAAGGACAUCGUGAUGAAGUAUAAGAGGAGUGAUGAUGAAGGAACACUGAAGGGGAAACUGAACAAAUUAAAUAUUCACUCAAUUAGGAAGAAAUCGGACCGUAUCACUGGUUACUUCAAGAUCCUCACCGGGGUGGAACCACAGGUGCGUGAUGAAGCCUUCGAUAAAGAGGAAAAACUCUUCCGUAAUCUGGAGAAAGCCAUCAGACAACUGAUCAAAAACCUAAACAUCUAUCUGUUCCAUGCGCAGGACAUGAUUGUGGUGGCGGUGCAGGAUGUGGAGGAUUUGGAAGCCAUCAUGAAGGAUCCGGAUAAAAUUGACACCAACGGUUUUCAGCACAAGAGGAAUGGCCUGGAUCCCUAUAAACACCUGGUGGAGCGGUUGGAGCGGUUGGUGCUGUUGCCACUGUCCUCCCUACAGGCCAUGUUCUCAUCCCCUCAGAAGCUGAUCCAAAAGCGUUAUGAUAAGCUUCUGGACUCAUGUUCCUCAGGUAGUGAGGAGCAGCUUCAGGCUCAGCGUGACUACCAAGCACUAAAUGCUCAGCUCACCGUCGACCUGCAGCACUUCAACCAUGCUGCCCAGACAAUCCUCACCAACUGCCUGCUCACUGUCAUCAAGCUGCUCCAAGAACUGACUGAGGGGGCCAGACCACCCGUACACCAACUUCCUGCUCCACUGUCGAACAUCUGUGAGGUGCAGAACAGCAUCAUGGAGGAGAUCAGCAACCUGACGUUCUUCAGAGAAAACUCACAGAGACUGAUGGAGAGAAAAGUCAGCUUUGAGAAAAGAGACAAGAGGAACAUGGCUGUGGAGUGCGUGCAGCCACAGACAGAGUGUGUAAGGUCCAGGAUGAUCUCUCAGUAUCCCUCUGAUCGUCUAUAUGAACUAAAGAGGAAGUGUAAUGCCACACAGGAUCAGGAUGUGACACUCCUGCAGGGGGAGCUGGUGGCCUUACUGGAGGAUCGCGACCCGUUCGGCAGCACCACUCGCUGGCUCGUCGACACUGGGAGCACUCAGGGCUACGUGUACUCCACCUUCCUGAAGCUGUAUAACCCUCUGCGAGAUGUUCACAACGAACACACUGAUGAUUUCGACAAUCUCAGUUUGUUCGUGUCAGGCAACCGGAGGGGCAGUCAGUCCAGCUACAGUGCAUCCACACCAUCCAGCCAGCAGGAAGAGACACCGAGCCCAGAGGAUGAGGAGCAGCAUUUCUACGCUGUGUAUGCAUUUGUGGCACGCUGUGAGCAGGAGCUCAGUCUGCAGGAGUACCAGCAUGUCCGCAUCCUGCAGUUCUCUGACCAGGGGGGGAACAAAGACUGGUGGCUCGCUGAGUCCAACGGCCAGAGGGGCUACGUCCCCGCUAACUACCUCGGCAAAAUGUCCUACGCAUGAGGACAUAACAGCACAGCCAGGAUGUGUUCCAAUACCACACAACCUUGAUAACUUCCUCUCUUACUUUAUCAACAGCAGGGAAGUGUGAUGGGGAAGAGAGUUAUAAUGCUAAUGAUUUCAUCCGCUUUUGUCCAAAUGCACUGUGGUGGCCUACAUGAUGAGUUGGAUGUGGUUUAGGACGCAUCCAGACCGGACUGAUGGCGUUUAUGCACACUAUAGUGUAUCGGUUGUGUGGUUUAAGACACGCCCGCAGUGGACAGAUGAUAUUUUAAUAGACACAAAAUGAACAGGACAAACCCACAGUGGAAUAAUGAUUGUGUUUAGUGCACUAGAUAAGGUGUGGUUUGAGAUGCAUUAACAUUGGACAGAUGACCGUGUUUAUGCGCACUAGACAGUAUCUAGGUUGUGUGGAUUGGGACACGCCCACAGCAGACUGAGUUAUAGUGCACAUUUGUAACAUAGAUAUAAUGAGGGGACGUACAGUGGUGCAGACUGGAACAUAUCCCUGUUAUUAACAGUUUUUAGAAUAAUUAGCCAUGUGGCAUAAUGAAGGCCAAAUCCGCACUAAGAGACAAACACUCUUAGCACUUUGAUCUACACGUCUGUGUGCAGUGUUUCAUUCCAUUCAUGAAGGUUACAAUCAUAGUGAUUUAAUAUAAAUAUAGAUCUAUAUGUUUAGCUAUAUAUUUACAGAUUAUAGAAAUGCUAAAUAGUUUUAUAACAGAUUAUAAGUAAAGCUGAAAUGUGCUGAUGAAUAAAUCUAUUUUAAACUGACA